UAAGUCCCGACUCUUGCUACGAAGUAGUUACAUACUCUUUGUUAUUCUCGUAAUGGCUGCCACGCUCGAACCGUAGUGUAUUGAGUGUCAAGUGCUUUUCUGCUGAAAACAUGGAUACACGAUCGUCAUCAGCUCUAUUUAAAAGAGCCGAACAAUUAAAAAGGUGGCAGGAAUCGGACACAAACAAACAGUCCCCUAAUCCCAGACACGCUGCUAAGAUACAAUUUACCACUGGCACCGUAUUUCUAGCAGCGUGUAAAGCUGGAGAUAAGGAAGAAAUUCUAAGACUGUUGAACAAGGGCGCUGACAUCAAUACUCCAAAUGUAGACGGCCUUACGGCCUUGCAUCAAGCGUGCAUUGAUGAUAACAUGGAUAUGGUGGAGUUUCUGGUGAGCCACGGCGCAGAUGUCAACCGGCGUGACAAUGAGGGCUGGACUCCCUUACACGCCACAGCGUCUUGCGGAAUCGACAGCAUAGCGAGGUUCUUGAUUGAGAACGGAUCGGACGUGGCUGCAGUAAAUUAUGAUGGAGAGCUGCCUAUAGAUCUUGCGGAAAUACCAGAAAGCAUGCGCCAACUGCUUAGGCAAGCAAUAGAGUCGCAAGGUAUUGAUUGUGACAAAUGCCGUAAAGCCGAGUCGACAGCUCUGUUGACGGACGCGAGGCAAUGGGCAAAAAAUGGGUAUGUCGAAGUACGUGAUCCGAAAACUGGAGGAACUCCCUUGCACGUAGCUGCAGCUAAAGGUUACUUAGAAGUAGCUAAAACCCUAUUGGAAGAUUGCAAGAUCGAUGCAAACUGCAUUGAUUACGAGGGAUGGACCCCACUGCAUGCUGCAGCACUGUGGGGACAGAAGGAAGUGGCGGCCCUUUUAAUAAAUCAUGGUGCUAAACUUGAUAUCAAGAACUAUUCAGGACAAACCUGUGUCGAAGUAGUGGACCCCAAAAUCUCCACCUGGUUGAGAGAAGCAGCGGUUACUGCUCGUCGCAAGUUGCUUCUUGGAGAAAACACCAGGACAAGGGCUGGCAGCUUAAGGCGUGUCACACCAAAUCCUACUGACGAAACAACAUCGGAGGGCUUUGUUAACGGAGUACAUAACACUGCUGCGAACAACCAUGUCGCUUUAAGACGCACGCACAGUUUUGAAACCGAUAAGAGCUUCUCUCAGCGUUACCGCAACGUGACUGAACACGUUAAAGCAUCAUCGUGUUCAUCCAUACCGCCCAUGUCGCCGCAGUCUCGGCUGCCUUCGUCAUCCAUCGAAGUUAAAAGAAAACCUACCAAAAUUAACAGCUCGGCAGGGCAUACUAACAAGGACGUCCAAAACAGUAACAAGGAAAAGAGUGAUUCGGCGGCUACCAAUACCAGCAACCCGCGAUUCGACGCCUCCUACGUGACGAUCAGGAGGAACUCACCAGAGAGCGUUGAAUCAAACACUAGCGAAUCGACCCCGAGUACAACCACGCCAACUAAACUAUCGCCAGGCAACAUAUUCAAGAAUUUCUUCAAGACGUUCGUGCCGCCUGUGCGAGAUGAUGAGAGUGAAACCCAAAGAAAGGCGCAUGCGAAACGUGUGCGCGAAACACGACGUUCCACGCAAGGGGUCACACUGGAUGAGAUAAAAUCGGCAGAGCAACUUGUGAAAAAUAAAAAUAAUGCGACACCUGAAGCCUCAACGUCAAGCGCGAGCCAAUCACAAAAAUCUGACAGUACUGUUAUUAUUGAAGAUACCGACAUGAGAGGCGCGAGGGCCGCCGGCGAUGUGGCGGUAGCAUGUAGCGUGGCGUUGGCGUGCGCCUCUGCCCCAGCUUCCGCCACCGCGUCCGCCACAGCCGCGGCAACGAUCGCCGCGCAUGGCGACCGUCGCCCCUCGUGGCGGCUGCGCCUCGACCCCGCCUACAAGGAGGACGGUGAGACGACUACGGUGAAGGCGACAUCAACAGGGGCACCUCAAGCCGCAGCUGAGGCCACAGUAUUUGUGCGCCGGACGACGGCACCUAGUACUUCAAAGUCACUGAACAGAACAGAAGACGACAAAGAGACGGAGAAAAGAGAGAACGAGGUUACGGAGUGCUUGUCUUUGAGCAGCGAUCUCGGGUCAUGCACCAUCUCCUCGCCCGCUACUCAGGCGGCACAAAACGUGAUACAUCGCCGUCGCCGGUCGAAACGCCGCUCAACUGGUGUCGGACAAGUAGACUUUGAAGACUUAACUAAUGAUCGAGGUGCAGGCGGCGAUGGGGACGAGGAAAAUGGUGAUAAAAACGAACCAUCAAAUACGGAGGAACGGAGCGAAGAAAACCUAGAUUACAAAAAGUUAUACGAGGAUGCCAUGGUCGAAGUGAAACGACUACAGGUGCAGCUGUCCAUCAGCGAAACCAAACUUGUGGAUUCUGAAGCUUUAGUAAAAGAAUACGAGAAGCGUAACGCAAAUAUGUCUGAAAUUGAGAAGAGAGAAAAACGGGCAAUGAUCCGGAAGUUGUCCGAAAUGGAAGAAGAAUUGAAGAAUUUGACCUUGCUACAAGUGGAGACUCAGCGCUUGAGAGACGAGAACUCAGCCCUUAUCCGAGUCAUAAGCAAGUUGUCAAAAUGAGGCUCUCUUUCCAUCGCAACAUCUCCCGCCACGCGCCCCGCAGCAGAAUGAAGCACGGCACAAGAACACAAUAUGUGCUACGCAGUCCUAUUUUAACAUGUAAAUAUUACCCCUUAGGUAUUUAUAAUGUGUUUUUAGUUAUAGUUUUAUGAAUAUAAUGCAUGUUGAAGAAUAAUUUUAAAGUGAAAAUUUAUUGAGUG